GACUUGCCUACCUCCUAGUAAGAUUUACCUCGUAAACUCGAAUAAAGCGUCAAGUCCUAUCGCACGGUAUAAUAUAUUUUCUGUGCACGUCAGGCUUUCGAAAUGACGUGUUGCUGACCUGCACUGCUCGUUUCAAGGCUUCCUGUGGGGCUCGGCGCGACUGGCACACGUCUACCUUGGAGUAGCCUGUUCGAACAACGUCCACUCCAAUAUCCACAUCUUUCGCGGCGACAUGGAAGCACAGCAAGUCUUUCGUGUCUUAGCGCCCGGUAUAUCUGGCGAAGGUUUGGGAGCGUGGGAUGAAAAGCCAAAGCCGAAGGGUUCUGCUCAUAAUCUUGCGGCGAUAGUUUCCGCUUUUGUACCGACAUGGUUCACUGCAAUCAUUUUCAUCAUCGCAUUCGUGUUCAUUCGCAACCGAUAUCCCAAGAUCUACUCACCCAGGACGUUCAUUGGGACCAUUCCAGAGAAGGACCGCACGCCUUCAGCCGGCCGAUCCUACUUUUCAUGGUACCGCACACUCCGGGUCGUGCCUGACAAAUUCGUUCUCUACCAUGAACAUUUGGACUCGUACCUAUACCUACGUUUCCUACGUACCCUAAUUUUCCUUUGUAUAGUCGGCUGCUGCAUCACCUGGCCAAUCCUUCUUCCAAUAAAUGCGACUGGAGGCGGAACCUCGUCUCAGCUCGACCGCAUAUCGAUCGGCAAUGUCUCAGACAAGAAGAAGCUGUAUGCUCAUGCUGCAGUUGCGUACAUCUACUUCGGCUUCGUUAUGUUUACCGUAGCAAGGGAGAGGCUCUGGUUGAUAGGGCUACGGCAAGCAUGGAACUUGUCGAAACCGAUGGCGAAGAGGCUGUCCUCUAGGACUGUUCUGUUCCUCUCCGCACCUACCGCCACACUUGAUCCAGAUAAUGCGCAAAGAUUUUUCGGCGAUGAUGCAGUGCGGGUCUGGCCCGCAACUAAAGCCGAGAAAUUGCACUCACUCGUGUCCAGUCGAGAUGCGACAAUCGAGGAGCUGGAAGCCGCCGAGCUCAAGUUGAUACACAACGUCAAGCGGAAGCUGGAGAAGAGUGGAAGUAAAGGAAACAGUGUUUUUUCGAGUUACGACGAUCUCCCGAACCAUAUGAAGAAGUCUCUACGACCAACCCACACACUGAAGACACCGCCCACUGGUAAGAAGGUGGAUAGCAUCGAUCAUUAUCGCGAACAAUUGAAGGACAGGGAAGAAGAGAUCCAAAAAGCACGUGAUUCAAAUGCGAAUGCAGAAAGCCAUGAUGGUGCUGCUGCAGUCUUUGUCGAGUUUAGGACGCAAGCUGCAGCACAAUGCGCAUACCAGCAGAUUGCAUCUGCGGAAAUUUUAGCGCUCAAUCCGAGGUACACCUCUGUUCUACCGGGAGAGAUUAUCUGGAAAAAUUUGACCAUAGCACCCGCCAAAAGAAUCUCCCAACAAGGACUUGCAACAAUUCUUGUGGUUGCAACGAUUGUAUUUUGGUCUAUCCCGAUCUCCUUCGUCGGGGCUUGGUCAAACGUAGAGUAUCUUGCUAAAAAUUACAAAUGGCUCAGCUGGCUCGACAACCUUCCUGAAACUGUCACCAGCCUCUUGGCCGGACUCGUGCCUGCCGCACUGCUCAGUGCCCUUGCUUCGUUCGUUCCAAAUAUUUUCAGAGCCAUUUUCAAAGCGUUUGGUGAACCUACCAAUACUUCCGCUGAACUCAAAGUAAUGAAGUGGUAUUUCGUCUUCCAGGUCCUGCAGGUCUUCUUGAUCAAUACCCUUGCCUCCGGUGCAGCCGCAGUGCUAUCUCAAGCUGCGAGUGAUCCCUCGUCAAUCCCGACGAUACUCGCAGCCAAUCUCCCUAGUGCGGCGAAUUCGUAUCUGACGUACUUUAUUGUGCAAGGUUUGACGAACGCCUCGAACAACAUGUUGAACUACUCCGAUCUUGCAUCAUACAUCUUCUACGACAGAUUCUUUGACAAGACGCCGAGACAGAAGUACCAGAGCUUCACGAAGCUAAAGGGCAUACAGUGGGGCAAAGUAUUUCCAAAAUACGGAAACUUCCUGAUCAUCGCCAUCGCCUACUCUUGUAUAGCCCCGCUAGUUCUUGGCUUUGCCGCCGUAGGCCUCACCUGCUUCUACUUUAGUUACCGAUAUAUGCUACUUUUCACCGUCUCGCCAAAAAUCGAUACGAAGGGUCAUUGCUACACGAUUGCCUUACAACAAAUACUCGGCGGUAUCUACAUUGCCGAGCUCUGCCUGUUGGGUCUCUUCGGUCUACGACAGGCCACAGGUCCAUCUAUCAUGUUAGGUGUACUGUUCCUCGCAACGAUACUCUUCAACGUCAUGACCAACAAUUAUUUCGCGCCUUUAGAGAAGUUUUUGCCCGCUGAUCUGAGCGCGGAAGAGGAUGGCGAGGGGGCACCGUUGCUUAAUGAUAGAGAGGCAGAAGAAGGAGUGGUAACACAUCAUGUCCAGCGAAUUGUCGAUUCUACUCCCAUUCCGCCAAAGUAUCUCUCACCUUUAGCGCGAUUCUUCGAGCCUCAGCGAUAUGCGUCCUACCGCGCAAUGCGGGCAUGGCUUCGCGAAGAUACCGAGUGGGACGAAGACGAUGUUCCGCAAUAUAGCGAGGAGCAGUUGCGAAAAGCAUAUCUUGAUCCUGCGUUUACAAGCCAGACACCGGUGGUAUGGGUGCCGAGAGAUGAAGCCAAGGUCAGCAAGAUAGUCGUCCAGGAUUUAGAGGGGAUGCAAGUUGCAGCAAGUGAUGAGGGUGCUUGGAUUGACAAGGAUGGAAAUGUGAAGUGGGCCACCGACGACUUCAGCAAGGUACCGAUCUUCAAGCCAGCAGUGAGGUGGUGAUGGGAGAAAUAUGGCAGAGGGAACGAUGCGAGCAAUUGGUUCGGACAUGGCACGAAACUAUGAGUGAAACAAAGCAUUGAUUUGUAGUCAUGCUACAUCACUAAGCCGCUAUCUCCUUGUUAAAGAUCUCGCUGACGCCUUGUUUGUUGCUAUGCAUGACAAUCUUUGUCUUACUGAGCGAAGCGCUCACAGGCUUCUUGGCUUGGAAGAUCUCAGAGAGCUCCUCAAGGGUACGACGACGCGUCUCAACGUAGAAGAAGUAAAUAAAAACGAACUCGAAGAUG